AUGCCGGAAAAGCCCCCUCCGACGUUAGAAAGAUACGACGGUUCAGCAGACCCCGACAAUCAUCUCCGCAACUUCAUCGAUGCCAUGGCGUUCUACACGGAUAACGAUCCCGUCAUAUGCCGAGCUUUUUCGUUAUCCCUGAAAGAUGAGGCCCUUGAGUGGUACCACACUCUACCUCAAAAUUCGGUGGAUUGCUUCGCUACCGUAGAAGCUCUAUUUCGAAAACAGUAUGCUACCAAACGGAGGCCCGAGAUGACUCCUGCUGAGCUCGUAAACACCAAGCAGGAGAAAGAUGAGACCCUGAAGGCCUUCAUGCAAAGGUACAACGAGGAGGUCCGACGUGUGAAGGAUGUAAACCACACGUUUAUAAUCAGCAAUCUACCCUCCUGUUUACGGCCAAGGUAUUUCGCCGAACAACUGUACUCAGAUCCUCCCAAGUCUAUGGAGGAACUCCAGGCAACGAUCGCAAAAUUCAUCAGCAUCGAGGACCUCAGGAACUCAAGGAAAAAGCAACAACAUGAAAGUCCGAACAAUAGUAUUAAGAAGGACAUGAAAUGGUCGUCUAACGACUAUAAAACUGAUCGACCCCCUCGAAAAGAGUCGGGGUGGAAGCCCAAGUACGAACGUUAUACAUCCCUCAACAUACCUAGGGCGAAGGUGCUCGAAGAGGCACUGCACGCAAAACUCCUCACCGUUCGGCAGAAGGCUACUCCCAAGAACGCUGAUGGCA